CUGCUGAGCUUCAAUUUGUGAAGAAGCAGUCCACAGAAAUGGCAUCACCACUCUCAUCGUCUUUCCUCUCACUCUCAACAACACAUACACCCCAACACAAUCAACUCUUCUUCUUCACUAAUCGCAUUCAUACCUCCACAAUUUCCCACAAACCAAUCUCCUCCUUCAAACUUCAAGCUGCAAAGCUUCCUGCCGGAGUGGAAUUGCCCAAGGAGCAGCCAAAACUUGAGCCCCCAUUUCUGGGUUUCACCAGAACUGCUGAAAUAUGGAAUUCCAGAGCUUGCAUGAUUGGUCUCAUUGGAACCUUCAUUGUUGAACUGAUCUUGAAUAGGGGAAUUCUUCAGCUUAUUGGAGUGGAUGUUGGGAAAGGCCUUGAUCUUCCCCUAUGAGUAUUGGGGUGUUUUUGCCUUGUAACACCACUGUAUUUCAUUCAUGCCAUCACAUAUGUAAUUCUGAAAACAAGUUAAUAUUAUUAUACUUCAAAGAUUUCAAAUAACUUUGUAUUUUCUGACU